AUGUCAGAAGAAAGUUUAGAAAAUUUUUUCAAGUUUGAAUCAUCGAGAAGUAAUUUUUUUCUGGAAAGAACUAGAACUGUGAUGUCAAGUAACUCGUCUGCAAAACUGCCUGAUUUCAAAUCGUUCCUUACGAUUCCAUCAUUGUCGCUAUCGUCUCAGUCCCAGCCGUUUGUCAAAAAAUCGUUCAACUAUAAUUUGAUUCCUAACACUAAUUUCGUAUUGAAAGAUGAAAAUCUUUUUCGGUCCCAGGGACCGCACAAGAUCAUCAUGAGCGCGGACGUUAAUUUCGAAAAUUACACUACCGACAACAAGCCAGUCACUACUAAUUUUAGCACCAACAUCAACAGUCUGAUUCCUAACUUUGAAGAUUUAAGUGAUGACGGCCAUUCAAAAGAGAGAUGUGACGUUAAAGCAGUCUGCUGCAAUCUUGCCCACCCAGUCAUCCACAAUUAUAGCACUAUGAUUGGAUCAGAUUGUAUUGGUAGUGCUAAUGAUCAUCAUUGUGAAUCUACCAAUGUUACUAGUUUAGAAUUAGAUAUUUCUGAUAAGAUUGGUUUCAGUAUUAGUAAUAAUGAUAUAGUAUCAUAUGUUAGCAAUAAUGAUAAUAAUGAUCAACUACUAAACAUUAAUAAUAUUAUGAAUAAUGAUAUUAAAAGUGAUAAUAACAAAGGCUACGAUGGAGAGAGGGAAGAUCUUGGAGAUACAUCUAUGGACAGGAACAACAAUAAUAACAAUAAUAAUAAUGACAAUAAUAAUAAGAAGAAUAAUAAUAAUAACAAUAAUAAUAACAAUAAUAAUAACAAUAAUAAUAAUAAUAAUGUGAAUGUUGGGAAUGGCAAUGGUCUUGUGGAGUUAGACCUGGAGAAACUCAACAGACGUAAUAGCAAUUACAACAAUUUCAUCAUCAACAACAACAAUAAUAAUAAUGAUAAUAAUAAUAUAAAUAAUAAUAAUGCCAAUAAUAAUAAUAAUUUGUGGCUGGAAGAAACCACAUUGAAUAUCGAGAUCUCUAAUAAUAAUAAUAAUAAUAAUAAUAAUAAUAAUAAUAAUAAUAAUAAUAAUAAAGAGAAAUACAAUGAUGAUGAUGAUGAUCGCGGUGGCAAUGAUGAUGAUGGCGAAAAUAAUCAUCGGUCUUUUUAUGAAGCAGAUAAUGAAUGCAAGGUUAAAAACGCUCCAGUAAAACAUGCUUGGGCUUUUCCCGAGAAGAACAACAACAACAAUAAUAAUAAUAACAAUAAUAAUAAUAAUGUGGAUGAGGACGAUGAUGAUGGAUUAUAUGGUUUUGAAAACGUCGCCUUAGGACCGCAUCUAUCAGCCAAAUACUUCGGAGCGAGUCCAAUCAGAGCCUCAACUAAAUUCUUCGGAGACAAUCCAUUCAGAAUAUUAAACAUCAGAGGCGAAAUAUUGGAGUGA